GUCAAGAGGGAGCCUUCAAAAAAUUGAAGACUGAAGGUGGCACAGUGAGCAGCGGAAGUACCGUGAGCAGUAUGGGAACAAGUUCAGGUCUAGGUAGUGGAGUACAGCACGGUAGUGCUACAACGGGCACAUGUCCAACACCGGCCCGACGGAGGCACCGGACGACCUUCACACAAGAACAGCUACAAGAACUAGAGGCAGCCUUUGCCAAAAGCCAUUAUCCGGAUAUCUAUUGCAGAGAGGAAUUAGCAAGAAUCACAAAACUAAACGAAGCCCGUAUACAGGUCUGGUUCCAGAACAGAAGAGCGAAAUAUCGCAAACAAGAAAAACAGCUAGCGAAAUCUUUGUCGCCUGUCAUUCCAGCCUGUAACGGCAUGAUGCGGAAUAUAUACCCAACCUCAACUCGAACCUACGCCUACCCAACACCAUCCAGUGUUAACACAAUGACACGUUACCCUCAGAUGAACACUGCUUACCCCCCUGUCGCUCAGUUUUCACCCAUGAGCAGUAUGCAAACCACCAAUAUGACAACAGUCCCAAGACAAGUUCAACAGUUCCCUAUGACAUCCGACUAUAACCUGUACGUUUCGUUUCAGGAGAAUCACGAAGAUGAUUGGUACAACAAAAGUCUGACUGCACUGCGCAUGAACAACACGCACCCGAGUUUGUCGAACCCAGUACUCCAAUACCAAGCCUAGAAACACACGCACACAUUCUCACACAGGCACAAACACAUAUAAAUACGCACCUGCACACAUAUGUACAAUCGCUUCUCUCUCUCUUCUCUCCCUUCCCUUCUCUUUCUCUCUGUUUUCCCAUCUCAAGUUUCACGUCUUCUCUUCAUCUGUAACAUCAAACACAGCCAGUGUAAUGUUUUCCUUCGCUAAAUACGUUUCAAUCAUUUUUUUCUUUCUGACACGUUUUUUUAUGUCAUGUGGUCUUGGAUUGCAUCAUGGGUAAAAACUGAAAGAGAGACCAAACUGCAGGAACAAAACAAAAUGUAUAAAUAGAUAAAUAAAUAAAUGACAAAAUAACAAUUGGAAUGGAAUGUCCUGUAGGGCUUCUUCAGAAGGUCUGCCUCUUAGGGACAGGAAAGGUUAUCGGGAGGAUCUUAAGCACCUGAAAAAUAAUUGAAGGUAUUUAUGGAUACCUAAGGUUUCAUGUAGUCACCAGGUACCCACAAAAAUAAGAACGAAGAACAGGAAUAAGAACGAGCCUGGGUAAAAUCAAUAAUAAUAAUAAUAAUAAUAAUAAUAAUAAUGACGAUGAUGAUAACGAUGAUGAUGAGGAGGAGGAUGGGGGUAUCACUUGAUAAUAAUGAUUUUUAACAAUUUAUAACAACAAUGACAA